AUGAAGCGAUUUUUGCUUUUUCUCCCCAUUUUCCUGUUUUCUCCAUCCCGUAUUCUUGCGUCCACUGUCGCCGGCAUUCCGCCUCUCCUUCUCCUCUCCUCUCACGGUUUUCUCCUCGCCCACGGGUGCACUGUCGCGAGUUUCCGUCCCACGAGGUCGCCUACUGUGACGGCGACAAGUCCGCUUUUUUCUCUCUGCUUCUCCACUCGAAACGAGAGUGCGCCGUCUCGCUCGCGCCUCCUGUUCUCCGCGCCGAGCUCCGCGGCCUGCGUCGCUUCGGCUCCCCUCCCGGUUUCUCGCCCUUGCCUGGAGCGGCUCCAGCUCUCAACUGCUGAUGAAGAAGAAAAACACGAGGAAGCGGCGUGCGUGGAGAAAACGUCUGCGGCGGUCAUGCCUCGACUCGUUUCGCGGACGCCAGCGGCGGCGAUGCUCGGCGGGGCGAAAACGCUUCUGAGAAGGCAGAGACAGAAAAACAAAUCUGUGCCGUCGUUUGCGGAGCCGCCGUGGCUCGCUGCCGCUAGCAAAGGGCAAAGUGCAGAGGACUCUCUUCUUCUCGCGGCGAGCGCUCACGAACCUCGGCGUGUUCUCCCUCCCAAGGCCCGAGUGUCUCUUUUGCGGUGCCUCAGCUGCCCGCCAGACGCCGAGACCGAGGAGGCGCGGAGGAGGUCUGCUGUCGUCGAUUCAGCCUCUCGGAGCAGGCGAAUAAGUGAGGAGGCAGACGCGCGCGCGAGUCCGUCUUUUCUUUCGCCGCCAGGGGGUCCGCUUUGCGACGCUCCACGCUCGCCUGGCGUGCCUGAGUCGCCCUUCGCUCUCUCGUCUUCCCGUCUCUCCUGUGUGCCGUCUUCUUGCGCCGCUGCGGGUUUCCUCUCUUCUUCGAGGCCGGUUUUUUUUGCGCUUUGCGGCCGAAGGCAUUCUUCCUCUUCUGACCGCGCUCGCGCGGAGGGAUGCGUUUCGCGCGCUGUGGAGUCGCCGCUCUCUCCCGCGUCCCGUUCGUCCUUGCUGUCCACCUCCUCGCGCGGCUUCUCUUCUCCUCUCUCUUCUUUUUCCGCUGCGGCUGCCUCCGCGCUGCCGCUGCGGUCAAAACCGCGUCGCGUGCGCGAGAAAAAAGAGCCGCUUUCAGGGCUGGCGGCGCUCCCGCCGUGGCCUGAUGCAGCCGCAGCCGCAAGCGCGGAGACGCCGCUCCCCCCCUCCACGUUCCUCUCCGCCGAGUGUCUCUCGUCGCCCUUCUCUGCGCCGCUGCGGCCGCCGCCGUCGUCUGCUUCGCGCGCCGCAAGCGCCGCGAGCGAAGCAGACGCCGCGGCGGAGGGAGACGCCCACGCCCGCGCGAAGAAGCGCGAGCGGAAGGCGAAGGCGCGGAAGGGCGCCGAGAGCGAAGCGAAGUCUGCGCGGGUCACCGAAUCCACAGGGGAGUCGUCUCCUGCGCGGAGGGCGUGCAGCGACGAGGCGCUGAAGGCGGAGGCGGCGCAGGGGAAGACAAAACCCAAGGGCGGCGGCGCAUGUCUUCGUCAGCGCGCCGCGCAGGACAAGGAGAAGAAGAAGAACCGACACGGGGGGUCGCGCGCGCGAGAAGAAGGCGAGAAAAAGAAAAUCCUCGCCGUCAUCGACGGCACCUGCGUGGCUUUCCGGUCGCACUUUGGCAUGCCCGAAGUCCUCGACGGAGGCGGCGUGCCCAUCCAAGCCAUCAUCGGGUUCUUCCGCUCGCUAGCCGCGAUUCGGCGCGCGCUGCUAAAUCCGUCGCACUUGGUUGUGGUGUUUGACGGACCCGAGAGCCGCGAGUCUCGGAAAGCGAUUUUCGACGGCUACAAAGGUCACCGCUCAGAAACGCCUCCCAGCCUCACGAAUCAGUUCGGCGUCAUCCUCCGCCUCUGCCAGCAAAUGGAGAUUGGCAUUUUAUCGGAACCCGGCGUGGAGGCCGACGACGUGAUCGCGACGUUGGUUAGCCGCGCGUGUAAAACUUCGCGCGCUGCAGCCGCGCAGAGCCUCGCGGGCGCGGGUCGAGGCGGUGCAGAGGAGCCCGACUUGAUUUUCGAUGAAAUUGUCGUCGCGACUGCAGACAAAGAUCUCCUUCAGGUGCUGCAGCACAACUACAUGGAGCCGGUCGCGAAUCCGUUCGCGUCUCCCUCCGCCGUGACGCCUCCGCCCUCGUCGGCCUCUGCGGCGGCGCCGUCUGUCGAACCGAGGGCACCGGAGGGCGGCGAGGGCAGCGAAGAGGUCGCAGGCUGUGCCUCGGGAGCUUCGUGCACGUCCCCGCUGGAGGGCGAAGCGAAGGAGCGAAAGCCCUUCCCGAAGAUCCGCAUCAUGCAGCUCCACAAGAAAAUGCAGCUCGUCGAUCACCACUGGGUACAAAUGGAAUACGGCGUUUCCGCGCACCAGAUUCGAGACUACUUGGCUCUCACCGGCGACACCGUGGACGGCGUGACCGGCUGUCAAGGCGUUGGCCCCGUUACCGCCCAGAAGAUCAUCGCGACGGCAGGCGGCAACGUAAACGCUCUGCUGCAGGACGAGGCGGCGCUGCGUCGGUUUUUGAAGCCGAGUCAAGUGAAGCACUUGAGCAACUUCACGGCGCUCUUCGAGCGGAAUCAGCACUUGAUUUCUCUCAACUACGAAGUGGAGUCGCUCUCAGGUCUCUCGCUCUCGCGCUUCGAAGUGAAGAAACGGAAAGCGGGCUCUUCCGGGCGGCUGACUUCGUCUUCCUGCUUCCAGGGCCCGAAGAAACACCCCUACGCCUAUCUGCUGCGGAAGCACGAAAGAACGCAGGACGGCGACGGCGCAAAGUCGCAAACAUUCGGCGGACAGUCCUUCUCUGCAGUGGGAGUGCCCUUCUUCAGAAACCGAUUCAAAAAGGAGACGCGCGACCGCAGAGAGCCGUGA